UUUCAGACGGCUUCUGUUCCUUUUUGCACAAUAAUGACAUAAGCAGCUAUGCGUCUCGGAUCGAAUAGUUACGAUGUACAGAGGACGGAGGCAAUUGGUCAAACGCCUGUCAAGACACCGCCUCCAAAUCAGAUCCGAUGUACAGUUACCUUCCUUGAUAGCACUUCUUAUCAUUUUGAAAUUGAGAAAAACUCCCUGGGAAUCGUACUUUUAGAAAAAGUAUUCAACUAUUUGGAGAUUAUCGAAAAAGAUUAUUUUGGCCUCGUCUUCAUUGCAGUCGAUAAUUCUAGUGCUCAGCAGAAGAAAUGGCUGGAUCCGUCGAAAAACUUGCGAAAACAAAUGAUUUGCCCACCGUAUCAUUUGUUCUUCCGUGUCAAAUUCUACGUACGGGACCCGAAUCGUCUACGAGACGAGUUUACGAGGUUCCAAUUCUAUCAACAAGUUAGGCAGAAUUUGGAAGAAGGAAGGCUGCCGUGUAAUGAAGGAUCACUUGCGUUGUUGGCUAGUUAUGUGGUACAAGCGGAAGUCGGAGACUUUGAGGAGAAAACUCAUGGAAUGUCCCGGACGUGUCUGUGCUACAAAAUUCAAUUUGCUACUCUUCCAGAUGAUUUUUCGGAUCGCGUCGCAGAACUUCAUCAGCUUCAUAUCGGUCAAACCCCUGACGUAGCAGAGCAGAACUUUCUUGACCACGCGCGGCGUCUCGAAAUGUACGGAAUGGAUGUUUAUGACGGAGUGGACGCAAAUCAUCUUCCGAUCGAAAUUGGAGUAGGAGCAGUUGGAAUUAAAGUAUUUCACGAGGGAAUCAAGAUGAAUGAGUACGCGUGGGUACGAAUAAGAAAACUUAGCUUCAAGAAAAAACAAUUUCAAGUUUUGGUGGCUAAUGAGGAUGGAGUGAGCGAAACAAUCAUGAUCUUCAACAUCAUGUCCGCGAAAAUCUGCAAACUUCUCUGGAAAUGCUGCAUCGAGCAGCACACGUUCUUCCGGCUGAAAACUCCUCCAAAAACGCCGCAAAGGAAGGUUUUCAACUUUGGAUCGAAAUUCCGAUAUAGUGGACGAACCGAAUAUCAGACACUUGAGGAGAAUGAGCAUCGGAAGUCAGCUGGACAUCGGAAUUUUCAUAGAUCCCUCUCAAAAUCUUCUUUCCUCCGAUCAACGUUUUCCGGCAACACACAAUCAAUUGAUUCAUCCCGUUAUACCAACACAACAACUACAGACUCUCCAGAACUUCCGUCCAGUGGUCAAUUGUUGGCACGUCGUCUGUUGAGUGCCGCCCGUCACGACACGGAUUCCUCCGAUGCACUUGGAUAUGCUUCCGAUGGUGCAGUUGUCUGUGCACCACUCACUACACCACUUUCACCACGACGCACUCGAGACUAUGCCACAGAUAGCGAAUCAUCAGCACCGUCUCUCCGUCAGCAACGUCUCAGCAAAGAGGCGAUCUACUACGGGACACAGGAGAGCUGCGACGAGAAGAGCUGGACUCCGAGCAUGGCAUGUACCUCUACGUCACCGGGAAUCCACGCGUCGACGGCUUCUGUUCGACCGGUGAGCUCGGGUAGCACACCGAAUGGAGCAUCACGAAAAUCGGCGAAUAGUGGAUAUUCGGGAUAUGGAUAUGCAACACAGACACAACAACCCACAAGUACAACUAAUGCAAGCUAUUCACCCUAUUUGAAUGGAACGAUAUCCCGAUCAUCCGGAGCCGCAGUGGCAAAAGCUGCAGCUCGAGGACUUCCACCAACCAAUCAGCAGGCCUAUAACACUUCGAGUCCCCGAAAUUCCGUUGCAAGCUAUUCCUCAUUUGCAUCAGCUGGCAUUGGUGGAAGUCCGCCGAGGUCAAAAAGAUCACCUCAGAGUAAUAAAUCAAGCAGUCCCGUCGGCGAAGAUCAAGUUGUCACAAUCAAAAUGCGACCCGACCGACACGGUCGAUUCGGGUUCAACGUGAAAGGCGGCGCUGAUCAAAACUAUCCGGUAAUAGUAUCCCGUGUGGCACCAGGAAGCUCUGCAGACAAGUGUCAACCACGUCUAAAUGAAGGAGAUCAAGUAUUAUUUAUCGAUGGUCGAGAUGUAUCAACUAUGUCACAUGAUCAUGUUGUUCAAUUCAUUCGAUCAGCAAGAUCAGGUCUUAAUGGAGGAGAGCUUCAUCUUACUAUUCGACCGAAUGUAUACCGAUUGGGAGAAGAAGUCGACGAACCGGACAGUACAAUGGUGCCGGAGCCAGCUCGAGUCGCAGAUUCUGUUCCAAAUUCUGACAAGCUUUCAAAGUCACUUCAGCUUCUUGCCGAUUCGUUGAAUAGCGGAAAAGUUGUGGAUCAUUUUGAAAUGCUGUAUAGGAAGAAACCGGGAAUGUCGAUGAAUAUAUGCAGGCUUACAGCGAAUUUGGCCAAAAAUCGAUACCGAGAUGUUUGCCCCUACGAUGAUACUCGAGUAACACUGCAAGCAUCUCCAAGUGGAGAUUAUAUUAAUGCAAAUUAUGUGAAUAUGGAAAUUCCCUCGUCUGGAAUUGUGAAUCGAUACAUUGCCUGCCAGGGACCCCUUGCACAUACUUCCUCCGAUUUCUGGGUGAUGGUAUGGGAGCAACACUGUACGACGAUUGUGAUGUUGACUACAAUAACCGAAAGAGGACGUGUGAAAUGUCAUCAAUAUUGGCCACGUGUAUUCGAAACACAGGAGUACGGUCGAUUGAUGAUCAAGUGUAUCAAGGAUAAGCAGACGACGAAUUGUUGUUAUCGAGAGUUUAGUAUAAGGGAUAGAAAUUCUAGCGAAGAACGACGGGUGACCCAAAUGCAGUACAUCGCGUGGCCCGACCAUGGAGUUCCAGACGAUCCGAAACACUUUAUUCAAUUUGUGGAUGAAGUUCGAAAAGCACGACAAGGAUCAGUUGAUCCGAUUGUUGUACACUGUUCGGCGGGAAUUGGAAGAACUGGGGUUCUUAUUUUAAUGGAGACUGCCGCGUGUCUUGUUGAAUCAAAUGAACCUGUAUAUCCAUUAGAUAUUGUGAGGACGAUGAGAGAUCAAAGGGCAAUGCUUAUUCAGACACCGGGCCAAUACACAUUUGUGUGUGAAUCAAUUCUACGUGCCUACCACGACGGAACCAUCAAACCGCUUGCUGAAUAUUCGAAACGUUGAGCUUUUAUCCAAAAAAUACAUAUAUCGUUUUUGUUUCUUCAAAUUCUUCUUCCCAUCGAACUCUCAUGAAUCACGGAUCCCGCGAGGUGCUAGCUAUUUUUGCCUUUUUUCUUUCUUCUUUUUUUUAUUGCAUAGUUAAUUAGCUAUUGUUUUCCUACACAAAACUAGUCAAUGUUUUAAGUAAUUAAAUAUCAUCAUUUAAUAUUUCAACAAAAAAUCUAUCUCAAUGGGUCACCCGAUGUGAUUUUCGUACCAAUUGUUCCCCAUCACUACGUCAUAAUUGUACCACCCCCCCCCAUCUUUCAUGUACGAAAAAUCGCCCAAACUUGUAUGUAAAAAAAACAAAAAAGUCCUCUCAAAUCAUCACAAACUUUCCUUCUUUUUCAUAUAAAAUGUUACAGUCUGUG